AUGUCGAAACAACUCCGCAUUCUCAUCUCUGGCUCCGGCAUCGCAGGCGGUGCUUCCGCGUUCUGGCUGCUGCGUGCCUUCCCACAAGCCCGGAUCACAAUCGUCGAGCGGGCCCCGUCUCUGCGCUUGACUGGCGCCAGUGUCGAUAUCCGGAGCUCGGCGGUUGAUGUCAUCAAAUGGAUGGGGUUGGAGAGAGAGAUCCGCGAGCACACGACCCACGAGGAAGGGAUGCAAUUUGUCAAGGCUGAUGGAAGGCCGGUCGCCACGCUGAGAUCUACCGGUAGAGACGACAUUCAGAGCUUGACGAGCGAGUAUGAGAUCUUCCGAGGUGAGCUGGGACGGAUUCUGAUCGAGCCUGUGUUGCCUCACGUCAAUUUGAUCUAUGAUGAGACUGUGGAAGAUUAUGAAGAGAAGGAGGACGGCGUCGCCGUGACCUUUACGAAAUCGAAGGAGACGAAGACGUACGACCUUCUCGUUGCCGCUGAUGGGUUUGGUUCGAGGCUGCGAGGGAAGAUGACGGGAUGCAGUCCGCGAGAGCACGUGGUUGACGAAGGGUGUCGAGUGGCAUACUGGACCAUGGAGGGCGAUCUGCUCAAGGGAGAGCGACUAGCAAAGAUGCACACAGCAACUGGCGGGAGAUGCGCGGUGAUCCGUCCAGAUCCACACCCCGACAGGCGGACCCGAGCGAUGUUCCUCAACGUUCUCCCACUGAAUGACACAGAAAGGCAGGAUCUUUUUGAGACGGCUCUGGAGAAGGGCAACGAGAGCUAUACGAAACUUAUGGAGGAGACUUUCCACGAUGCAGGCUGGUUGGCACCUGAACUAUUGGAAGGCAUGCGUAAGAGCGACGACCUCUACUGUUCAUGGUUCGCACAGAUUCAAUGCCCGAAGCUACACUCGGACCGUGUCGUCCUUGUUGGCGACGCAGGGUAUGCCACUCCCGGCAUCGGCACAAGCCUUGCAAUCAUAGGUGGCUACGUUCUCGCUGGCGAGCUCCUCAGUCAUGCAGGAGAUAUCCCACUCGCGCUGAGGAACUAUCAGGAGCUGAUGCUACCGUUUGUGAAGAGUCAACAGGGUGGAGUUGGCGCGAUGCAGUGGAUGGCGCCACAGACGCAGUGGGGCAUCAACGUGCGAGACCGCAUUCUGAGCAUUGCACUCGGGUUGAAGAUGGAUCGCGUAGUGACUUACGGUUCUGCCAUGUUGGGCUUCACGGAGAAGAAGCUGAAGAUGCCCGAGUACGCGUGGCCAGCGCAGUGCAGUGAGUGA